GGCGACUAACCAACCACCCAUCACACCUCUCUUUGUUUUACGGGGUUUUCUCCAUCAAAGAGGGUUUCUUAAAUUUGCCCUUUACUCAACCUUUCCUACGCCUUUCUUCGCUUAUCUGCCUUCCCCCAGAGCCAAGACAACCCAUUCAAGAUGGUGUCCGCAUCCAAGGAGAAGAGACUGGCCAAGAAGGCCGCUGAUGGCAAAGACAAGAAGACGGUCGCCUCCCGAUCAAAGGCUGGCUCUAAGAAUGCUAGCAAGGCCGGCUCCGUCAACGGCGACGAGACACCGCCUCAGCUUGAUGCCUUUGGCAACCCCAUAGAGUCUGACGAACCCGCCACUUCAGCCGACAAGCUGGGCGAGGUCAAGCGCCUGACAGAGCAGAUGGACAAGCACGGCCUGUCUGACCGUGUCACUACCGGCGUCCUCUCCUCCGUCGUCUCCUCCCGCGACGUCAAGAUCUCCUCGUGCAGUCUCGUCUUCCACGGCCGCGUCCUUAUCACCGAUGGCACCCUCGAGCUCAACUUUGGCCGUCGUUACGGUCUGCUGGGCGAGAACGGCUGUGGAAAGAGUACCUUCCUCAAGGCCAUCGCCGCCCGCGAGUAUCCUAUUCCUCCCCACGUCGAUAUCUAUCUUCUCAAUGAGGGUGCCCCGCCAUCCGAACUGGGCGCCCUGGAAUGGGUCGUCAAGGAGGCGGAGAACGAGAUGGAGCGCCUCGACAAGCUGGCUGAAAAGCUGCUCGAGGACGAAGGCCCGGAGAGCCCCGUCCUGAUGGAUCUCUACGAUCAUAUGGACAAGAUGGACCCGUCGACCUUCGCUACCCGUGCCUCGCUCAUCCUGACCGGUCUUGGCUUCAAUAAGGUCACCAUCCACAAGAAGACCAAGGACAUGUCUGGUGGUUGGAGGAUGCGUGUUGCCCUGGCUAAGGCCCUCUUCGUUAAGCCCACCCUGCUAUUGCUCGACGACCCCACUGCCCAUCUGGACCUCGAAGCCUGCGUGUGGCUCGAGGAGUACCUCAAGAAGUGGGAGCGCACCCUGAUCCUCGUCUCCCACUCCAUGGAUUUCCUCAACGGUGUCUGCACCAAUAUGAUUGACAUGCGCGAGAAGAAGCUCCUCUACUACGGUGGCAACUACGACUCAUAUAACAAGACGCGCGAGGAGCAGGAGACCAACCAGAUGAAGGCUUACCAGAAGCAGCAAGACGAAAUCACCCACAUCAAGAAGUUCAUCGCCAGCGCCGGUACCUAUGCCAACCUGGUCCGGCAGGCCAAGUCCCGCCAGAAGAUCCUGGACAAGAUGGAGGCCGACGGCUUCAUCCAGCCCGUCAUCCCUGACCGGGUAUUCAGCUUCCGUUUUGCGGACGUCGAGAAGCUGCCGCCGCCCGUGCUAUCCUUCGACGACGUCACCUUCUCGUACUCGGGCAAGCCGGAGGACGACCUGUACCGCCACAUCGACCUCGGCUUCGAUAUGGACUCGCGGACGGCCCUGGUGGGACCCAACGGCGUGGGCAAGUCAACAUUGCUGCGCCUCAUGACGGGCAAGCUGUCGCCGACGGCGGGCAACGUCAGCCGGCACACUCACCUGAAGCUGGGCAUGUACUCGCAGCACUCUGCCGAGCAGCUGGAUCUCACCAAGUCGGCACUGGACUUUGUGCGCGAUAAGUACAAGGACCGCUCGCAGGACUACCAGUACUGGCGGCAGCAACUGGGCAAGUACGGUCUGUCGGGUGAAUCGCAGACAGCCCUCAUCGGCACGCUGUCCGAGGGCCAGAAGAGCCGUAUCGUGUUCGCGCUGCUGGCCAUCGAGAGCCCCAACAUGCUGCUGCUCGACGAGCCUACCAACGGCCUGGACAUCCCGACCAUCGACAGUCUGGCGGAUGCCAUCAACGCAUUCACAGGAGGUGUUAUUGUCGUCAGUCACGACUUCAGAUUGCUGGACAAGAUCGCCAAGCAGAUCCUGGUGUGUGAGAACAAGACGAUCAAGCCUUGGGAUGGCUCGAUCGGAGACUACAAGAACUACCUGCGCAAGAAGAUGCUUGCAGCCGGUGCGGUCUGAGGCGGGAUAGAGAGGAACACUAUGAGCCGUGGCGAGACGUGAGGGCUCUAGGAGGGGGAUGAGGCGCGCCCCUCCCUCCCCCCCCCCUGCAGAGCCUAAACCGCGGAGACACGGAAAGAAGGGGAAAAAAGAAAAGAGAUCGCCACCAGACAGGUGCAUAUUGGAAUCAUGGCCACCUAGAUAGAUUGCCAGGAGCAACAGGGCACCGCGGGACAUGGGUGAGGCGAGCGGGUCUAUGGGACGGGAGGUUGAGCAUGUCAAGACCAACACGGGACACUGCCAGAGAGAAAAUGAUAAAAGAGGGAGAGACAUCCCAAGGCAGAAUUCAGAAAGAAGCAGCCAUCACCAUGUCUAGCGGGAAGCGACUGUUGUUGGGCCACGGGCGUUGGCUGAAAUGUAUUUCUCGGUAUAGAAGUUUUGAAUGAGAUGCAAAAGCACUAGACUUGAUACU